AUGAGAAUAUGCGCAUUUUGUAUUGUUGUAAUUGCAACAAGUGAUAUUGCGCAAGUUUUUGAGCGGUUGAAAGUGCUUCAGCCGAGGAACAGACGAGAUGGUGCAAACUUAAGAGAAGGAUUCGAGAGCAGCGUGCCGGAUCGGCACUCCGAAAGAACCAUGGAUACAAACAAUAGCACUAGAGGAUUUUUUAGGCAGUUAGCAAGCAGAGCCGACAAUGUUUUUGGCAUGCUAAGUAUUGAAAGGAGGUAUUUGGGGUCUAGGAUGGUGCAAUCUUAUCUAGCUAGUAGAGAGAGCUCAUCUGCAAGCAAAAAUGUACCGUAUAUGUCUUCGUCAGCCUUGCUAUGCAACACGUCAUCUUCAGAAUGUCCUGAAAGCAGAGGCGCUGUGCCCAAACAUAAGAAUUUACAAACGGUAACACCAAAUCCUAGCGUUGAAUCAACUAUGGUGAACCAAAGGCUGCGAAGAAGUGAAGAACAUAACUCAUCGAGCAGUGCAUCGAUCUACUAUGCUUACUUUAAUCCACCAACAGAUCAAACUGGCAGUUCUCACAAAGGGAUGGGAUGUAGCACACUAGUGUGCAGCAAAACGCUCCUAAAGCGCAACAAUGCGAAGCAUUCGAGUAGUCCUGAUCUGCUUGCUACAGAAUCAGAGAGUUAUGUGAAAAGUAUGCAGAAUACAUUCACCAAAUCGUCUAACAUGGUGCAUAGCGCGGAAGACAUUCGUGAUCACGCGAAAAGUAUUGACCAAGUUGACCGUAAAUUGAAGAAAAUUACGGAAUAUAAAGACGGUGAUUCGAGUCUUUCUGAUGAAAGUGAAUAUUCUUGCGAACCAGGCAAUAUGGACUCGUUUGAUCGAAACAAUGAAGAAACAGCGAGUGAAAGCUUAACCUAUGUUACCCGAGAAAGUGAGUCAAGCAUUAUAUUUACGGAAUGGUUAGAACAAAUACGGUUAGACCGGUCGAAAUUCCGCUUUCGUUCUUUAGAUUCGUCUAUUUAUAAAUUUGAACUUGGUGAUUUGAUCUGCUUGUGCUGGACUCCGUUCGAUUCUUAUUUAGAAUAUUUGCUGAGCGAGUUUUGCAGAACAAUAGGAAAUUUUCCCGUAUAUACACAAGGAGGUGAUGAUGAGUGUGCGAAUGCACAAUACGAAGAUCUGUUGGCCUGCAAAGAUAACAUUGCCGGUAUGCACGAGAUGUAUGCAAAGCAAUGCCUUCUUUUUGAAAGUGACUGUGAGUGUCUGAAGGGCCAACUUGUUGAAUUCCUGAGUGAUAACGAGAAGCUAAAGGACACGAAAAUCAACGAUACCGAGAGAUACGGUUCAAUCAAAACAACGCAGCCCGUCGCGGAUGCAGCUGCAUACAUGCACCUAGUAACCACUCGUAUUUCUGACAUGAAUAAGAGAUUGGAAGGCUGCACAAAAGUGCGGUACCAAGCAAAUGGCCCGGAUUUUAUUUUUCCGUUGUUCAGGAAUGUUGCACUGCUAAUCAAUAAGUCCAUUGAGGAGCAUCAAGAAUCAGAAAUAUUGCUCAGCUGCAAUAAAAAGAUGAUUAACCAAAUAAAAUCAUCGAUUGACGCGGUUCUGCAACAACUCAGAGAAGUGAUUGAGGGAUAUUCGCAGGUUCAUAGAAUUUAUGGCAAAUUCAUAAACAAAAUCGAUGAUAAUCUAUCUCUACUACGUGAUAUGGACCGUUUUGAUUCGUCUGAUGAUGAUUGA